AUGGAGUAUACCACAAAACAGAGACAAUACGUCGAAUUGAUAGGAUCUGGGGGGUGCGCGGAAACGGCGAGUAGGAGGAGAUUAACGCGUAUCGUGCGCCACCGCAAUCUGAUCGUCGUCGUCGUCGUCGUACAGCACCCGUACAGAAUUCGACGACGACGCCGCCGGCGACGCAGGCGACGCAUAAAAGUCGCAAGACGCGGAGGCCACGCCCACCAACCAAUUUCGACCUUCUUCUUCUACGCGGCGCGUGCAUAG